ACGUCAAUGCUUGAACGAAUAAAAAAUCAAGCAUUUCCAUAAUGGACGCUCUCGCUCGUUAUACCAUCGGGAUCCAAGGUGCAACACGCGUGUUCGUUCCGUCGAUCGAUGACUCGGAUUGGAAUUGCAUUCGUGAUUAAACGAGCGCGUUGAUCAUCGAUCAUAGAAACGAUUCGUUCGAUUCGAGAGAAGAAGAGAAGGGAAAUAAUAAUACACGUUCGAGAACGAAAAUCAAUAAUGUAACAAGAAGAUUUGUUUCAAUUGUUCAUCGAUAAUUCCACCAGUCAUACUGAUUAAAGACACAAAACGUUAUAUUUUCAUCGAAUCGAAUUAAAAGAAAUCGUGAAUCGUUCCAAUAUUGAAGAUCGAUCGAAGAUAAAUCGAAGAAAGGGAGCGAGAGAGGGGAAGAGAAAAAAAUAUUCCAACGAUAUCGAGUCGGGGGUAAAUUGGUCAAGUGAUAUUUUAAUAAGAGGAGAAUAUACCCCGUAAAUCGAUUAAGAUCCCCUUGAUUUUUUCCCCCUUUCUUCCGACUAACCUGUAAAUUAUAGGUUGCAAGUGCCGGCUCGAGCAACACUCCUAUCGCGCUCGAAUCGCUCAGACAGCGUGAAAUUUAUGUGAAUAAAAAAAAAAGAUACACGCGGCGGCGGCUAGCAUAAUAUAUAUAUAUAGAGGGGCACGUGUGAAAGAGAAAGAGAUGUUUUCCAGCUUUUGCUGAUUACACGAGCAUCGGGGAAAUUUGUGCCAGCAAAAAUCCGCGCGACAUGCCGGGUACGUGUUGGUUUAAUGGCGCUGCUGCGCGUCAGAAGAGCGAUUAGCUUACCGCGAUGGAGACGUGCUAGAUAUUUUUGACCAGAUAAACGAUUUCUCUCUUUCCCUCCCUCCCCGAUGAGAUUUGCCUUCGCGACUGGUUUCUCUCUUACUCGGUUGUGGCAAAAAAAAAGUCGAAUCGUGGAUGAAAUCUAUUCGCCAUUUUUUCCUCCGCUUAUUAAUUAAUUUCUCGAUCGUCGGUGUCAGAUUAAACGUUUUGAAACGCCUACCGCUAUUAAUCGAAUCGAAUUUUUCUUUUCUCUCUCUUUUAUACGGUUUUGAAUAUUUGAUAUUAGAGAGAAAAUUGAACGGUUUAAUUGUGCGGUGUGAUCUUUGAGAAAGUAGGGAAUCGGAGAAUAUUUCGCCGAGAGAUUUCGAAGAUUUUCUUAUUAUAUUCGAAUUUUAUUAAUUUUAUCAUAAGUUUGUUGAAAUCGAAGGUGUAAUGAUUACAAGAUAUUUUUACGUGUCAAACUCACUCUUUUUUUUCAACUAUUGUAGAUAAAAAAAAAUGUCAAAGUCUCAUUAUUUUAUCCAAUUUUUAUCCCCUCUUCUCCUAUAAUAAUCGUUGAACAAACCCAAGUUGGGUCAAGAUUUUUCAAAUCCGGAUAUACUUUACUAGGUCGAUCCCUUUCGAUUCGGUUGAAUUGGCCACAGUGCACGUAUUCGAGCCGCGAAUUCCCAGACUUUCCAAAGCUGGAAAUGUCAGGAGGCUGUGAAACGUUUGCUGCCAGCGGCGACCUUUGUCGCGUCUCGCCUCGCGGAUACGUCUCUGCCAGAGAUAAUUGCUCGCUUGAUCCGCUUGCCUCCUGUCUACGUGGCGAGACACGAAAUCGAUCGAGCACGUUUCCGCUAUUUUCAGUAUUUUAUGGGGAGGACUAAUCUUUCGAAAAUUUUGAUCGAAGGAAGAGUGGCAUCGCCUCUUAACCACGAAUAUGUAAUUUUUCUCGAUAGCUAGAUCGAUCGAAACUUGGUCGGAUUGUAAAUAUUUUUGGAAGAAGGGAUGGGAAGAAAAUCGGAAUUUAAAUGGUAACUGAAAAACUUUCCAAGAUGUAUGAUUUCGCUUCGAAACUAGGAGCGUAGGAAAGAAAUAGAUGGGAAAAGGAAAAAGGAAAGAAAAGAAAAGAAAAGGAUCAGACGGGUGGCAUUCCAUUUCGAUUACCUUGGCACAGAUCCUUUCUUCUUUCCUCGCCAGACUGUCGUAUCGCAUUAAAUUUUGCUCGGUGCAUGAACUCGCUUGUGCAUAAAUAAAAACCGCACGAGAUGUUAUUUAAGGUCAGUAACUCGUUCGUUCGAAUCUAAUGCCUUCUCUCGUGACAGGGAAAAAUCCUGAUUCUUCUUUCUAUAAAUUUAAAAUUUUCUCGAGAAAUUUGGGAUAAUACAAAUCUCUCAAUCUCUCUCACAAUUCGUACAAUUAUCGUACGAUUGACCUCGAGAACAUACAAUAUCUUCCUCGCUAUAUCAAUUAUAACACUUAUCUUCCAUAAGCAAUCUCAUGCUAUCCCCAAAAGCAAAAUUUGCAUUUCCCGCAAAGACAAUGUCCGUGCCUCUCCAUAGAACACUUUCGUGCGUUGCAAUUAACCCGGCAAAUACUCGGCGUCAUUAAACCAAGUCAAACCUUCUCCGCACAAGAAACUUCUCACUUCCUCUACGAUCAGCUCUCGCGGCAACUUUGCCCGAGCGAAACUUCUCAAUAUCCGACAAACUCCUCGGCCGAAAUUUCCAGCAAACGUGGAAAUUUUGGCCCUGUGCAUCGGGCGAGAUGGCAAAAGGACACAGCCUUGCUCUUGCAUAUGCAAUAAUUCAAUCGAGGCGUCGUUACUUCAUCGAAGGAUCGAAAGUCCACUCUCGAAGGGAACAGUUUGACCCGUUUCUCAAACUAUAUCGGGAGAAGCCUUAUCCUCCUUUAGCGAGGAAGAAGCUUUCCAGCUUUUGAAGCUCUCCAUAUCAUUUUCAGAGGAUAUUACUUGUAACUCGUAAGGGAAAUGGAGGCCUUGGAAUAACGACGAUUGCUUCAUUUGGAUAAAAAUCCUCCUUAUCUUUUUUAAUGUCCAAAAUUAAAAUCCCACGAUCCUCGCCCUUUCUCGAAGGGCCCCGCCUUCACCCAGCAGAGAAGUCACCUGAACAGCGAAAGUCAAUACACCACUUGUUUAAUAUCGCGAAAGAUGUUCGCGAGACAGGUCUGGGAAACGAUGGCUCCACCCCUUUCGCGCCCCCUCCCCCGCGAACCCCGACCCCGGCGGCGUCGAUAAUUACGAAAUGCACGGCACAGGUUGCGGCCGGCCUCGCAGCCGCCUCGCUCCAGAUCCAAAUUUCUGGCGGGGCGAGGUCAUUGCACCCGCAGCGACGACGAGAGCGAAUUCGAGAGAUCGAGGGGGGUUCCUCCCGGCGCGGAGGUUGUUGCGGGGGAGGAGGAGGAGGAGGGGGAAGGGUGGCGGUAGCAGGCAGGCAGAGGGAGGGAGAGAGGGAGAGGUUGAUGCCCGGGUUUACUUCCUAGUCUGCCGGUUCCCUGUAUCGACCGGAUAGCGUCCCGACGUCUAUAGCGUUUGCCCGACUCCUCGGCCCUCUGCCCCGUCCUCUGCUAUAUAAACUCUCUGCUCUCUUUUCUUCUUUCCACGGUUGCGGCAACCGCGUCUGCAUCCGUCUGGUAGGGGUGGGAGGAGAGGAGGGGCGCAUCCCCGUCUGGCGUCUCUGGAAAAACCGUAGGUCAGUGCUGGACCGUCUGCAAAAUCGUGUCGGGUUAAGGGGGGGAGUGGUGGUGGGAGCGUUGAACGAUGCAGCAUCUCUCUCCCCGAGAUGCUCGAUUUUUCGAAGUUUUCUUCUUCUGUUUCUUGAAGUUUAAUUGAUUAAUUAAUUUCCACGGGGAAUGAUGAAUCGAAUUUGGAAAGAGUUUGUUGGACAAGGAUCGAUGAAUAGGAUAAGUACGAUCGAGUUGAACGAUCUGUCUCUCUUUUUAUAUAUAUAUUUUUUAAGAAAGAUUAUAAUGAAACGCAUUCUUUAAGAUACUCUCUCGAAAAGUUCUACAAAAACAACAAUCGUUCCGUUCUUUUCUUAGCGACGUCGAUCAUCGAUCCUGCGACAACUACGGAGAAACUCGAUUACGAAGAUUGACGUUCACCGGCAGCAACUUUCCAAGAAUUCCAGGCACGUUAAGAGGCAGAAAUACCGACAUAUUGAAACGGGUUAAAUGAUAAUCAGAGACCGUGGGAGUGGUAGUUCCUCGAGGGUGCGCCGGUUGUUGUACUCUCAAAGAGACGACUGACCGCAGUCGACAUUUUGGCUAAUUUUUUUCUUUUUUUUUUUUACUGGGUUAACCACAUUGUUGCGGUCAUCCAGUACUGUUUUUUUUGGUAAAUUAUCGUAUUGCCGGUAGUGUUGCACGCAGAUUCAGAAUUAGAAUCGAUUUUUGAAUUUAUUUUAAAAAAUACGAUACGAUUCGAGUUUUCUUCAUAAAUUAAAAUCUUUUCGAUUAUAUUAAAAAUCGUGUAAUGUUUUGUCUUAUUUGAAUUAAUCUUAUAAAUCGAGAUAUUUAUUUUAUAUUCAAUUUUUAAUGGGUUUUCUAUUUCUUCUUUUUUUUUUUCUAUUCGCUUAUUUUCGUGUUUGAUUCGUUCAGAAAAAAAGUAAUCUUUUAAUCUUAAAAUAAGUGUAACAAUAUAUAUUGAAUUAUUUUUGUAAAAUUGAAGUUUCAAUUUUGUUACGUGAAAAAAUGUAGAAGGAAUCGAUAAGUGAGAAUAUUUAGAAACGACACGGAAUACUUCAAUUGAGUUCAAUUGUUUUUUGCAACUAAAAAUUAAGUUUUUUUUCUUCUGAUAAUUAGAGUAAAAUGUAUACUUAUUCUAUUUUUAAAUCAAACUAAUGUUCUUUGAAUAUUCUUAAUGCUGAAGUAGAUGGUAAAGAAAUGUUCUGUGACAUUUUCAUAAAUUGUAACUCUCAACUUGGAUCUUAUAAAAAAUAUAUGGUAUAUUUUACGGCUAAUUAAGAGAGAAAAAAAUAAGCGCAACUCUUUACAACGUAGGAUAUUUUAUUUAGGUUAAUUAUCAAGAUGUAAAUGGAAAUGUAUUAUGUUUCUCCCAGAUCUUUGAUGAAUUAGGAUGGAAUGUGUAUAAUGCUUUAUGACGUUGCAUGAUGUGUCGUAACCCUGUAUUUCCACAUUUUUAGUUAUCAAUCUGAUUAGAAAAUAUGUGUAUAAUGUGAUCCACUGUAAUGUUGAAGAAUAUUGUAAAUGGGUCAAUGUAGAUGAAUAAUUUAUAUGAUAUAUUGCUAUGUUUAUAACUAUGUUGAUGAUUCUUUUAAUUGCAUAAAAAUAUUAUAAAUAAAAAAAAAUUAAUAUUACUUUAAAUUUAUUUCUGUUGUGUAAAGGUUAUCAUAUAUGUGUGAAUAUAUGUUAUAUUAUUCAAUCUGUAAUUAUAAUUCAUAAUUUAUAUAAUACAGUAUUAUAAUACUAAAAAUUGUAAUAUUCACACUUUUUAAAAAGAAAUUAAAAAAUAUUUUUAGAAAUAAGAAUUUUGAAUUAAAAAGCGACUUAAACGCCCUCACUUCGACGCGACAUUCUUUAUAACGUUAACCUGUUGAUUAAGAAGAAUGUGUUUGUUCGUAUUAUGUGGAUUAUUUACAAUUUUGUUAUAAUUUGUGUUGUGCCAGUGAUUUUUCUUUUUAUGUAGACACAAAUGUACAUUAAUCUCAUAUCAUUUUUCACAAUUUCAACUUGUCAACUUGUAAAGAUAAACUCAUUACGUUUGUCAUGAUUUUAGUUGUCCUUUUUAGGUUAUAGUCACCUUUGCUACGCUUAAAAUUGAUCUAAUGAAAAUAUAUUCUCUUGUCUAAUUUCGUCUAAAGAAGAUUAAUUUUUAUAAAAUCUUCAUAUUAUUUUAUUAAUAGAAUCAUUUCUUAACCAAAAAUUUAUUACAAAAAUUGAAAUUUAUUAUUAGAUAAAUGUAAAUAUAACACAAUGUAUUCUGAAUAUAAAUACAAUGAUGAACAGGAGAUUUAAUUGAAUCAUUUUAAAUAGGAGAUUCUUAAAUAAACAAUUCAUACAUACAAGAUACAUAUUAAUAAUUCAUAAGUUAAUUUAUCUCUCUUAGUUAUAGAAGAUUACAUGUUGCAAUCAUGCUUUCGUCAAUUCUUUUCUUUUGAUCAGUAUCAGUUCUCGAUUAUAAACGAAUAUUUUUUCAUAUAAUCUAACUUCAUGCAAUCGAUACACGAUCUCGCGAUGACACAAAAUCGAUACAAGAUAGUUUCGUGCCAUUGAAAGAUUACAUAGCAUUGUUGAUUUUCGUUGUUGAGGAAUUAUACGAAAUUCGCGAUUCAUUAUAGAUUAUAAUAUAUAUAUAGGUUAUAAAACUACGAAACAUCUCGACAUUUCUCAUAUUUGAAAGCGGUGCCGCGGUGCAACGAACAAUUACGUAACAUGGCAGCCAAGCAAGUGGAGUUGGCAAUCCUGUUCUCUUUUGAGACGCGCCCACCUUCUGUAUUUACAUAUAUUUACAUGUUAAUAUGUAGGGUGCAUCGGAUAGCGUUACAACCUCGAGCGAUUCAUUUCUUAGUCGUGUUAACAAAUCGAAAAGUGAUUCAAGAAAAUGCGAGAAGCUGAGGUCAUAUUGUAUGAAUGAAUUGUGAUAAUGUGAAUAUUACAGUGUUUGCCAUGUUAUAUGUUCCAUCAUGUUGUCGUACAUAAGAAAAGUGUUUUAAAAUUUUUCUUUCUUUCUUUUAUAUUCAAUUAUCGAUUAAUUAUCGUAUUAAUACUUUAAUUGCGAAUUAUAGGUGAUAAAUUCUUGUUGUUAAUAGUUUAAUGUUAUACAAGUAGAUUAAAAGAAAUAGAUUAUAGUGAAAAAAUACAAACUAACCUAUACAAAAAAUUUUUCAUUAGUGUUUGUUAUAAAAUAAUAAUCAUAAAAACCAAAUAUUUGACGUGCAGAAAAGAAUGCAUAUUUUUAAGUAAUAAUUAUUAAAUAGGAAUUUAGAAUUAGAUUUAAAUUUCAUAUUAAAGUUAUUCGGAAAAUGUAUCUAAACGUUCGAAGUAUAAUAAGCGAGGAGUGGGAGAGAGCUGAAUUCCGGCAGUUGUGCGUAGCAAGUCGUUCUGUUUACAUCGAUUAUUGCGUCGCUUCGAUUUCCUACGUAAAAGUAAGAUCCAUGUACCAUCGUUUCACAAAUUCUCCCAAACCUCGAAGCUAUUUAUUAAACGCUGGAUCGGAAACACUCGACAUGUUCAAGAGUGGAAAGCUCAGCGUUGCAGUUGGUGUACCCGCUGGAUUCUCGUCCGGUGCAGCUAAUCUUCCGGGGGUUGCAGGUGGUCAAGGAGAAACGAUCCCUCCUCCGGGAUGUCUCGGGCGUUGUUAAACCCGGCGAGCUUUUGGCCGUCAUGGGCCCCUCAGGUUGCGGCAAAACGACGUUAUUGAACUGCCUGUCAGGCCGCGUGGGCUUGGACGGGGGUGAAAUCUGGCUGAAUCGUGAAAGGUUGACAAAAAGAUGGCGCAGAAGAAUCUGUUACGUGCAACAGCAGGACGUUUUCUUUCCCGAUCUCACGUUACGACAGACACUCGAGUACCAGGCGAGGCUCAGACUUCCGGACACGUUCUCGCACUCACAGAAGAUGCAGUGCGUGGAUCAUAUCAUCGAGGUCCUCGACCUCGCCACCUGCCAAGACACCAUUAUCGGAGAUUACACGAAACGAGGACUCUCCGGUGGCGAGAAGAAAAGGACGAGCAUAGCCUGCGAGUUGCUUACCAAUCCUUCGCUUAUGUUGCUCGACGAACCAACGAGCGGGUUGGACUCCCAUUCGGCACAGGCGUUGAUUUCACGGCUGAAGAAAUACGCGGAACAAGAGGGGAAGAGCAUAGUGAUAACAGUGCAUCAACCCAGCUCGAGGAUGUUCCACAGUUUCAGCAAGAUCCUGCUGCUGAGCCGUGGCCAAGUCGCGUAUUACGGCCUCACGGCAAAUAUCGGCAGGUUUUUCUCCACGAUAGGACUCACCCUGCUCCCCCACUACAACCCCGCUGAUUUUAUACUGGAGCAAAUAAAGGGGCCAGAAGAGGUUCGGGAGCGCAUCGUUGCAGCGGCGAGGAACGCGAGACAGGGACCUGACUGCCCGCCGGAACUUCGCCCGGACUACAAUCCAAGCCAACAUCCGCUCUGCGACCAUCUGAUCCAUUAUCACGAGCACCACAUAAGCCACAACGUGAAAGAGGACGAAGGUCGCACGCUGUGGUUAGACACGCAAAGCCAUGCCAGCAGCAGCGCCAGUUCUGCGGACGAUGACUAUACCUGGCAGUGGCCCACCAGUUUCUGGUCGCAAUUCAAAGUAUUAUCAGAAAGAAACUUUCAAGAGGCACGGCCUCGGAUGCUGUCUCGUCUCAACUGGCUUCAAACGAUAGCUCUCGGCCUGCUUGCUGGACUGUUGUGGCUAAGACUUCCCAGAACCGAAGCGGCACUUCACGACAUCCAAGGAUGGAUGUUCUUCAGCACCACGUACUGGAUGCUGUUCGCACACUUCGGCGCACUCUCCAGUUUUCCUCCGGAACGCGAGGUGAUCAACAAGGAGCGGCUUUCAGGAUCGUAUCGGCUCUCGGCCUAUUACUUGGCGAAAAUGGUCGGCGAGUUGCCGCUUACGAUCACGUUGCCCGCUGUCUACCAUAUCAUCAGUUACCCGAUGUUGGGCUUCCACAGUCCGGCAGUUUUUGUCACCCUGCUGGCGUUUCUCUUACUCAACACCAUCGUCGCACAGAGCGUGGGAUUCUUCGUUGGGGCAUGCUGUUUGGACCUGCAGGUUAGCAUAACAGCGUCCGCGCUUUACACUCUCGCCACGCAAUUGCUCGGCGGUUAUUUGGCGACAGCUGUCCCACCGUGGUUGGCAUGGGCAAGAUACGCGAGUAUGGUGCACUACGCCUAUCAGAACAUGCAAAUCCUGGAAUUCGGCGUUGGCGAACCGAUCACAUGCUCGCAGCCAAGCAAGUUCCAGGAAUGCAGGAACGCCACGACGAUACCUGUUUCGGCGAUCCUCGAGAGCCAGGGAGGCGCAAGGGGUUCCGGUCUUCCACUCUGGGCGAACACGGCCGUCCUCCUGGCGUUCCUCGUCAUAUUCCGCACCCUGGGCUACCUGGUGUUGCGCUACUAUCGCGUGCCCAAGUGAAACGGCGCGCGAUGAGAACCGCCUUUCCACUGCCGCCACGAUCCACCGUACGAUACUGGUGGAUCGGCCGCGAUCGACGGACGUCGUCACGGCCUCGCCGCGCUAACGGGAACCUCGUCAACGUCGUGAUUUCGUCGUCGAGCUUCCGUUUCACCCUUCGUUUCGUGUGCAUCGAUCGAGAUAUAUAUAUAUAUAUAUAUAUAGAGGCAGAGAGAGAGAGAGAGGGAGAGAGAGGGAGAGAGAGAGAGAGAGAGAGAAACUCGAAACCGAGAUAUUUAUUUUUCCAGGAUUGACACGCGGAAUUCGGGGGUGGUAAUGAAAAGAUAAUCCUAACAAACGUUAGUCGAGGCACCUUUUUCUUCUUCUUUUUUUUUCUUUUUUUGAUCAUCCACGAUUCGAUUCGAGAAGAGGGAGGGGGUGAAUUGAUGAAUAUCAUCGAAUCCAAUCUGGGGGUGUUUAAGGACAACCGUUCGAUCAAAGGAUUACACUCUUAUAUCUCGUCGAUAACGAAAACGGAGUCGCUAUUCUAUUUAUAUCCUCGCAUGCACGAGUGAAGGGGGAGGGGAGGGGAGGGGGGAGGGAGGAACGCGCGAAUUUCUUGGGAUGAAUUCUUGGAUUCGUCUUUUCACGACCACCUGGCUAAUAUACUCCACUCUUUGAUAUCUUAAUUACCGAGCUAGGACUACUACUAUUUUUUAUUAUAUAAUUGUACACCGCAUACAUCAUACACGCAGAAAUAUAGAAUAUAUACCUCAGACAGACAGGGAGAAAAGAAAAGAAGAAAGGAGAAAAGAAAAGAAAUCAGCGACCUAAGCGAAACGAGGGGUUAUAAACGAGAGCCGGAGGGGUUGACAAGGAGCGAGGAAUUUUGGGGAGUUUUUUGCGCUCGUUUCCGCUAGCGAUUGGCCAUGAGAGAGAGAGAGAGAGAGAGAGAGAGAGAGAGAGAGAGAGAGAGAGAGAGAGAGAGAGAGAGAGAAAGGGAGGAAAACUCGCGUCACCGAGAGACUUGGCGAUGACUAUAUAUAUAAGAUUGUACACGUAGAGAUUUUAUAUAUAUAUAUAGAUAGAUAAAUAGAUAGGUAGAUAGAGAUAUAUAUAUAUAUAUAUAUCACUCUGUCACGUGGAGUAAGAUGAACAUAAUGGCAUGGGAGAAUGCAUGGACGAGUGAGUGAACGAGGAGGGAGACUCUUUUCUUUUUAAUUUUUCUCGCGGAAACAAGGGUAUAUAUAUAUAAUACGAUAGAGCAAAGAUACACGUGUAUUUUGUGUUUUAAAGUGUGUACGUGUACAUGAUGAUACUCGUGAGUGAAUGGGAUCGAGCGUGCGUGGAAAUGAUGUGAGAGAGAGAGAGAGAGAGAGAGCUGUUUCUUUGUUCUUUUUCUCUCUUUUUUUUUUAAUUUUCUCAUUUUUUGGAAGAAUAAAAGAAAAAAAAAAUCGACCGAAAGAGAUCGCGAACAUAGAUCGAGACACAUUUUUACGACGACGAAUCUUUUCUUACCACGUGAUACUCUGAACCGAAGAAGACGAAGAUGAGAAGAAAUAUAAAAAAUAAAAUAAAGUGAGAAACUUCGAGGAGAGAGAAAUGAAAACCUCUAUAUACUAUAUAGUGUCGAAUUCACUUCAAUCUUCAGUGUGCAAACGCAAAGGCGUGAAAAGGUAUGAGGGGGGGAAAAAGGGGGGAGAAGAAUAAUAGGAAAAUAAGAAAAUAAGAAGAAACUUUUUUUAAUCGUUCUUAGCGACUAUCCACGUUUUACUUUCUACUUUUUAUUACCGCUGAAACAUGAUUCUACCUUGCUACCAAGACGAUAAUAUCUCACCCCUAGAUGGUAAGGUGGACGAGCUGCUGCUAAUUCUAUGGAUUAUGAUAAUUACAUCUUCUACCACUUAGUACUUUUUAUUAUUGGACGCUGUAAAAGCAGCGUUGAGGGAUUAUAUCGAGCGAGCGAGAGAGAGAGAGAGGGAGAGAGAGAGAGAGAGAGAGAGAGAGGGAGAGAGAGAGAGAGAGAAUGUGUGCUGGUACGUGAGAAAGAAAGAGACAGAGUCGACCGUUCAUAUACGCAUAUAUACAUAUACAUACAUACAUACAUAUAUAAACAUAGGCUGCCAAUUUUCGAUCGAUUUGUAGAAAGAGGAAAGCGAUAAAAAAACAAAAAGGAGGAGGAAGUGUGACGAGAAGGGCAUACGUGUGCAUAGCGAAAAUGGGGGGGGAAAAAAAAAAUUCUUUUCUUGGGAAAGAUAUUACGAGUUUGGACGAAUUUGUGAUGAAUUUUAAGGAGGAGAGGAGAAAUCAGAAGUUUUAUAGCGGUUAAUUGUUUGCGUUACACGCGUGCCGUGUAUAUAUUAGGCGAAUAUUAACGAAUAAAAAUAGUUCGAAAUAAAGAAAAAGAAGAAAAAAAAAAUGCUCGGAAAAAAUAUGGAAAUAAAUUAAAGUGAAUUAAAUUAAGAAUGUUGUUGGAAUCUGGCGUAGAUCUAUGUGAUGUUUUCUUUUUUUUUUUUUUUUUUUAAAAAAAAGCUUGACACGUUAUGGGGAUCCAAUUGAGACAUUUAAUCGAGCGGUGUAACAAAUUCAUUGGCUACUUUGUGUACAUAGAAAUUCUAUAUAUAUAUACACGUAUAUAUACGAAAAUUAUAUAUAAACUAUAAUAAUUAUUACUACUAUUAAUAUUACUUUUAUUAUUAUAACUAUCAUAAUUAUUAUUUUUAUUAUUAUUCUAAUUAUUAUUAUCGUAUAUGUACAUACGAACCACGGACUGAACGAGGAGGCACACGACGUUUUUCUUUUCUCUUUUUUUUUUCUUUUUCCUUUAAUCUUAUUCGUGCACCGACAGAACGGAGAGAAAAAACAAAGGAAAACGAUACGAUAAAAAAUAAAAACCAUGUAUGAUUUCCACUCAGAGAUUUUUUUUUACAAAACGAUCCAAAAAUCGAUAUCAUAUUCGAAUAAAAAAAAAAGAAAAGGAAGAGAGAGAGAGAGAGAGAGAGAGAGAGAGAGAGAGAGAGAGAGAGAGAGAGAGAGAGAGAGAGAGAGAGAAGUGUAAUUGUAACUCUAUAGUUAAAAGGAGAUGAAUCGAGAUUGAAAAUCUUUUCUUUCCCAAAAGUAAAAACUCACGUUCAUACACACACACAAACACACACACACACACACACAGUAGAGAAUACCUACAGAAAUCUGUGGAGAGCCAAUGUUCGUUAAAUAAUAGGACAAUUGAAAAAAUAUAGUUAGAAUGAUUGACGCGAGGAUCGAUCGAGAGGAAACGCUGUGUGUCUUUCUUAGUCGGCCAAACGAGUUACGUUUCGAUUAUGUGCGACGAACCGGACGACUCGGCGAACCGUUUGCACGUUUUUAUCAUUUUACCUUUCCCAUCCGAAUUGGAACGAAUUUUGGGAAACCAUCGCGCGACCAACGAUCUUGCAUAUCCUCGCUCGAUCCCGCCACCGUGAAGAAACUGUCGCAUCGUGAGAAAUUAAAAUAGAACAAAUCUAUAGGAAAUGAAUCGGAAGAAAGAACAGGCGAAAGGUGGCGAAGAUCGAACGAUCCUCGACUCGCGGGGUCGCGCAAUGGGAUUCGUCCGGCGCACGCACAAACGCAAUAUAUCCACCAAGUGUUCAAGUUGGUUCAAGUGUUCGACCGACAGAGGGUGGGUGGGUGGGUGGAUGGAACGAAGGUUGACGAAAAAAAAAAUAGGCUUCAAAAGGAAGGGAUCGGAAGAUAGGGGGGACAAAUAACACGGGGCAGGGGGGAAGGUGAAGCAAAGAGACGUUUUUUUAAAAACAAAGAUUUGGCUGUGUCAAUGUCUCUAAUCGAUUUUAUCCAAUCUUAACGCUUUCUUUUUUCUACUUAAACCGAUUUUUCUUUUUUCUUUUUUCUUUCGUUUAGAUCGGAGAGAUUACGGGGGAGAGUGAAUGGAGGAGGAUGAGGGGGAGAAUGAGAGUGAAAGAGGGGGAGAGAAUGAAGGUGUAAAAGUGUCGAGAAAGCUGUGGAGAGAGUGCGAGGAAAAAGAGAGAAAGGAAGAGCUGCGCACACCGGUUAGGAAAAGAGUGGAAGGAUCCGUUCAACGUUCGAAAGUCGUUCACCAGAACGAUUCGCUAGUUUUUUUUUUUUUUUGCGCGGUCGCACCCACGGUUUUCUUCUUUCCCAACGCUUUUUAUCAUUGUUCGUUACGAUUUUACCGAGAAUUUAUUUUCAAUUUCAUCCAUCGCUUUGUAUCCGGUUAGUUAGUCUUUUCUAAACGGAAAGAAACCUUUUCGAGGGGAAAAGAAAAUGUCCCUCUGAGAUUUAUUUUUCCAAUUAUUUGAGACAGAUGAAAAAAGGAAAAAAUAUCCCAAUAUCAUCGUGCACGUAAGCGAGCAAUGAUACACUCCAAUAUAAUCUUGUAGAAUCAAGAUACAAAUUGUGUUGGAAAAUUGUAUUUCUCUCGAUUCAGAGAAUCUAAUGUAAUUUUUUGUAAUAAAACGUCUUUCUAGAUAUAUCUACAUUAAAUCGAUAUCAAUAUCAAAAUGAUGCAAUAAAUUAUAUACAAUAAUUCCGCGCAAAUAUAUAUAUGCAUAAUAAAAUUCAUCGAAACUUCUCCGAUACAACCGAUUUCUGCGUUCAUUCGAACUUUAUUCUUCAAGGAGAUAUAUAUAUAAAAAUCGGACGGCAAAACAAGCAUUCGGGCAAUCGUGAGAAACGUUGGAAAGAAGGAAACUAAGGCAAAAAAAAAGAAAGAAAAUCUUCGAGGGAAAAUUCAUCGCAAGAAAAACACUUUUUCCCUCGCAUCCUCGUGAAUCGUCCUCGACUUUUUACUCGCCAUUGUUACCGAGCGAGCGAGCGAGCGAAUAAAACGGGACACGCCGUUUUCUCUUCCGCCUGUUUGAAGAGAAAAGAAAAACCUUUUCCUAGGAGAGAAGAUGAUUUCCCUUCUCGCCCGAUGGAACAAACGUUCUUUUCUAUUCCGUUCCAUUUGACCGUUUACUCGAUCGUCCGUACCGACGCUGCUUUCUCUACUUCGGUCAGUAGUAAAACGACUCUUUCGUGGACGGGUUAUUCUAGGACGUGGAGAGAUCGCGGCCUCAGAAUGUGGGCGAAGAAAGAGGAAUAAGAUGGAGAGUGCACAGUACUUUCUACCGUUUCUGUUUUUUUCUUUCUUUCGCCUUCGAUUCCGGCGAAGAAUAAGAUAGGGGAGGGGAUACAGACGAGAGGAAGGGAGAGGAAUGUUCUCAAAAUUUUGAUACUCGUAUUAUAUAUAUAUAUAUACACAUACACACAUAGAUACACAGCGUCCCGAAAUUUGUAUACGUUUACAACAAAGUAACCCCCUUUUUGCGGUGGAAAAGCAAAAUACUUGUUGAACGAUCGACGCGGAAAUAUACGUUUGGAAAAAGACACCGUUCUAGUGAUUUUCUUAAACUGUCAAAGGAUAUCGCGAAGAUUUUACUUGUUAAACGAAACCUUAAGCCUGGAUGUCUUCGUCGAUCGAUUUAUGUUGAUUAUAUUAAUUAAUUUAAUUUAAACCACGGAUAAAAUAUCGAACGAAAAUUCACUCAAACCCGUUAUUUGAUUCAAGAUCGUCAAUUGUCCGUGGAAAAGGAUUUGUUUGUUCGAUUUUGUUGAUAACUUUUUCAACGAACGAAUGAAAUCGCUUCGCUAUUCACAAGAACGACGAACGAUCUUUAAAAAAAAAAAAAUCGUCGAAAGGAUGGUGUCUUUUUGUAAAUAAUUAAAACCGAAAAUAAAUAAUUCUCACGCGAAUCGUCGUUUUUUCCACCAUUUUCCUAGACUGUUAAUAAUAAAAACUAUCGUGUCGAGAGAUAUACAAAUCAGUCUUUCAGAAUCAGAAUCGAGAACGAAAUUCUUGAUACUUGAUACACUCACAUUCCUUCUGAUAUUUAUAAUCCAUUUUGAAUCCGAGAGGAACAAGAGACGCGGAGAGGGCCGACACUUUUUAUAAUAUCUAUACAUCUUUCGAAGGGAAACGAUAAACCGAUCGUCGAAACAAUUUCCCGUGAAAACUCGUUAGACGAUUUAUAGUUCGAUUCAUUCGCGAUCCUCGGGUUCGGGGAAUUAUACACGCGCUAAUGCUUUUUGCACUAAAGAAAGAAAGAAAAAAAAAAGAAAAAAAAAAAAAGAACUACAAUAAGACUGAAAGAAAAACUUUUUAUACUACAUGUUGAAUGUGAACCAAUUACCAACACCGCCUACGAGGGACCGGGAGAGGGGGGGGAAGGUUUUUUCGUGUUUAUAAUCUCGCGUUUUUGCACCCUUUGCAAGAUCCUGUACUGACUGUGUAAUUAUCUCGAAUAUGACACUUGCCCCCCCCUUUCGUUAAAAUAUUCCAUCCAUCAGGGUUUCAAAAAUAACUUACAUUAUGAAAUAUCUUUACUUCAUCUCGUUCGUUCACGUCCUUCUUGUCGAACGACGCAACAGAGUCGAAGAAAAUCUACACGAAUCUGUAUUUACGAGACUUUUUCGACUUUUCGUUAAAGGACGGGUAGAAAUUUGAAAAAAAAAAAAAAAAGGAAAAUUGGAGAGGAUAUUUUAAUCAAGAAAGGAUGGAAUAACUAACACCGCCUCCCUCGAGACACGAGGGAUUCGUAAUAGAAUUAACACAGCCAAACUCUCUCCCGACGAUAUUUUUCACGUUUCUCCUAGCCCUGGCUUCUUCUUCGAAAUCACGAGUGAACGGAAUGGUCGAUGAUGAUACGGAACGGAACGGAGAGGAAUUUCGAAAAGGGGAGGAUUUUAAAAAUGCGCGAAACUUAACUUUCAUCCACGUCGAGGAAGAAGAGAAGAAUACUUUUUGAGAAAUCGUUAUUAUAUCGUUCGUUUCGAUAUCAAAAAUUAACCAACGCCAAUUGAAGAUGAAGAAAAUUUUCAUCUUCAACAGAUCUAUACCAAUUCUCAUUGUAUUCUUGUAUUCCAAUAAUUCCUCACAAAUCGACGAAAGCACGCACAAGAUAUAUCUACAAAAAAAAAAAGAAAAAUAUUAAAACGAAAGGAGGAUAAUAUAUCCAACGUAUCCUCGAGCUGAUUUCGCAAUAGAGAGGCGGCGUCUCCCCUUUUCCACGCGUCUCGCGGAAGAAAAAACAGGGGGUGGAGGGAGGGGUGGCGAGGAUGGAGAUCUCGAGGGCGACGAGACGUGAUAUAACGCGUGAAUGUUUCGCUUUACAAAAAUAGUGCCUUUUUUUUACAAAGACUCUGUUGUUUGUGCCAAGUCGAGUUCAAGGGAUGCGAAUAAUGCGUGUACACUCACACGCACAGGCACGUUUUACACGCGUAUACGAGAGAGGGGAGCGAGCCGGAGAGGGAAGGUGUAGAUUUGGAGAGAAAGGAAGGAAAGGAUAGAAGGGAGAACUCGAAAAAAAGAAAAUAAGAUGAAGAGACUGACGAGUGGAGGGUGAAACGGCGAGAAGGAAGGAUUGAAAGCGUUUCGGGAUCGUCUGGAGCGAGACGUUUAUUUGUAUAGAGAAUGGUUCGACACGCGGACUCGAUACGAAUUUCUUUCAAAUUUUAAAUUUAGAAACUUUCUAAACUUUUUAAACGCGUGUUUCCAAAAAAAAAAGGAAAAGGUUUAUUUGGAUUAAAGAGGGAGAGGCACGAUGGACAUGGAGGAUGUAAUUAGAGACGAUGUAACGUAGUGCUUUAAGUGUGAAUUAAGAAGAGAGCAUGUGUUAUAAUAAAUAACGUGUCCUCAUAUAAUAUAUUAUCCUUCGAGCCGAGCGUUUCGACGAACGAAAUCGUUGUUUCAACCCCCUGCUUCGAUGCACCUACCUCUGAUCGAAGUUUUAUAACUUUUAGAAGCACUUCUAUUGCUCGUGCACGACGCGAGGAUCUCGACAAACAACAAAGGGAAGGAAGGAAAAGAAAGGAGGGAGAAAUUAAAAAAAAUAGAGAGAGAAAAACUAGAGAGAAGAUGCGUCUAUGAAUCGAUGAACAUCAUUCGCGCGUACAAUAUGCCAGUGACAGCAGCAACAGGAAAGGAAAGGAAUAAAAUGCAUGUACAAACACACAGCAGCAUGCCAUUGAAGGAGAGAAGAGCGAAAGAGGGCGUUUCUUAUUGAAGAGAAGAAAUUGAACUAUUUAUGAAUGAAAAGAAUGUAUGUGUAUGUGUGUGUGUGAGAGAGAGAAAGAAAAAGAGAGAAGGAACAAGCACCGUGGGACUAACAAAAAAUAAAAAAAGAAAAAAAAUAAAAAAUGCCAAAAAGUGUUCCACUAAUUAAUGCCGCCGUGGAUCCCCAAAUUAUUAUUAUUAAAAGCAAAGAAAAAAAAAGGAAAAAAAAAUAACAGAGAGAAAUAAACCGAAUGAAAAAUUACAAAUAAUAAUCGAGUAUGAAUGUGUGCUAAAGAAGAAGAGAAAGAAAGAAAGAAAUCAAUCAUGAAAUAAAAAAGAAGUUAUAUUAUAUAACUUUAUAUAUAUAUAUAUACGCAUAUUAUAUCCGUAUAUAUAAGUAUAUACAUAUGUUUGUACAUGUAUAUACGUUAUAUAUACACACACAUGCGAAUGAAGAGCACACGAACACGCGCUAUAAUGUCAAUCGUUCGCACAUUGAUUAUCACUUGCACUUUAUAGAGCAGUACAUCCAUGCACGCAUGUACAUAUUAUUAUACACAUACGUAUACCGCAUAGACAUAUUCACUCUGUUGCAUCGUCAUCCAUUCGAUCUAUCAAUCUUCGUGAGGAGAAAAAAAAAAGAAAAAAAGAAAAAAAAAGAAGAAAGAAAAGAUAAGAAAAGAAAAAAAUAUUUCGAGACUGCGAAUUGUACAUAGCAUCAUGAAAUCGUACGGGAUAUAUACAUAUAUAUUAUUAUAUAUGUACAUUAAUACCAUUUUACCCUAUCAUUAUUACAAUUAUUAUUAUUAUUAUUAUUAUUAUUAUCAUUAUUAUUACUAUGAAAUGAUAUUAAUUAAUUAAUAGUAUUAUACCUGUUAUCCCGAUCAAAGGAUAGACCUACACCUAUAAUAUUCCUUCCACCCCCCUCCGCGCCUCAAUUUUAGGAGGAAAUUAAAGAUCGUUAUAUAUAUAUAUAUAUAUAAAUAUACAUAUAUACGAAAAGAGAGAGACAGAGUGAGUGAAUGAAUGAAUGAGUGAGUGAGUGAGUAAGUGAAAAAAAGAGAAAGAGUUACACGUUUUGAUUUUACGGAUAAUCGUUAAAUAAUCGUAAUUGAUAAUAAACUAUAAGAACUAUUAUUAUUAAUUAUUAAUAUUAUUAUUAUUAUAAUUAUUAUAUUAUAUCAUAUCGCAUUAUUAUUAAUAAUAUUAUUACCGUCAGCAUCGUCGUUCUCACGGUCCUUUAUCGAUCCUCAUCGUCGCGAGAUCAACAUCAUUAUCAUCGUUUAACGCCGGUUUCUUUCGUUUUUCUUAUCUCUUGCUCGUCAUUUCCUUUUUUCUUUUUCCUUCCUUCUCUUUCUCACGAAUUUCAUCAAGAUUUCUCUCGAUAUUAUUAUUCUCUUGGAAAUUUCUUGAAAUUCCUAACGUCGUAAAAAGAAAUCGCCUUCUUUCUUCCUUCAUAUCCGCUUCUUCGUCGCAGAUGCGAUUUCUUCUCGUUGCCGAAGAUUGAUCUCAAUUGAAGAAAGAAAGAUUCGAGAAUGGAUAUUAAAAAAAAAAACGAUGCUUCGCAUUGAACAAAAUUCCUUUCUUGCGAAUCGAACGAUCCCAAAAUCGGUUCCGAGAACUGACAUUGUUUCGCCUCUUUAUUCAAGAUGGCCGAUCGUGUGGCGGGCGUUGAACAUACGUAUAACGAUUUCUUCCACCUGUUUUUCAUUUUUCUAGAAGGAUUUCAAGAAUCGUGGAAGGGAUCUUUGCACGAUUGAUUCUCAUCUUUCGGGGAGAAGAAAUAAAAUCAACGUCUCCUUUCGAUUUAUAAAUAUCUCUUCUUCCCUUACGACGAGGACUACUCCUUACGCGUGUCACGCGUAACGCCAUCUUCGAUAAACGAAAAAAAAAAUCCUCGAUUUUACGAGCAUCUCCUCUAAAUUAAAUCGAUUGAAAAUAAAAAAAAAGAAAAAUAUUCGAAAUUUCGAGGAAUCGACUAAGAAGAAAAUUGUUCCCUUUGAAGGUAAAGUUUUGCGAGAGUUUAAUAUAAAUAAUGGAGACGUCGAUCUAGAUUAUCGAUGAUCUCCGAUGCCCAUUUAGGGCGUGAGAAGAAGCACCGAAUAUCCUGUUAUCGCCUUCAUAUUUCCCUCCCCCCUCACCCGUUCUUUCGAGGCGUGUGCGUGUGCGUGUGCGCUCGGUGAGAGUUGAUGCGCGUGCGAGCGUAUGCGAUAUAUCGACAGUUGAAUCGAAUAAAUCGAUUUCGAUUAGCGUACAAUUUCUUCCUACAUUCUCUGUCUUUCUCCUCCUUAAGUAAAUCGAGUAACUAUUUUUGCAAGAUUUCUUUCUUUUUUUUUUCUUUGACGUUGCGCAUCGCAGAAAACAUUAUCGCGGGCAAUCAACUUCAUUUGUGAUAAUUGGUUAAUCGAAUCUUUCUUUGAAGCUUGUUAUGUAGAUACAAAUGUUUCUCGAUUUAUUUAAUUUGUAAAUAAAUCUAGUUUUAAUUCUUUUCGACUAAUUCAUCAAUGGAUUUUAAUUAUUUUCUUCUUUAUAUAUAUAUAUAAAAUAUAUAUAUAUAUAUAUAUAAAAUAUAGGUAUAAAUAAAAACACGUUCGUUUUAUUUUUAGUUCAGUCCGUUUCGUCUCGAUCGAUCUUGUAUUAAUUUAAGAAUUCUUUCAUCGAUGUAAAGAAAUGUAAAAAAAAGUUAUAAGAGAUACUUUCUUUUCAAUUGUUCCCCCCGUAUUAUUAGAAUAUUCGAUUUAUUUAAUUUUUAUUCCCGUUCGAAUUUAUUUUUUUGUAAUAUGAAUGAAUUUACGGAGAAAAGUCGAAUCUGACCAAUAAUAUUUGAAAUCGUUGUGUUGUUCGAUUUGACAAAUCGAAGGCUGCGAAUGUGCGAAAACGCUCGCACGUGUUUAGAAGAAGUUUAUAGCGAACUUGGGCCCCUAAAUGUUACCGAUGCUCUUCAAGCACAGUUGAUAUUACGACGAGACUGUGCAGCUUCGAAAAACUUUGAAAACGUUCGUACGCUUUCUUGAAUUUACAACAAAUAUAAUCGAGAGGAAUUGCGAUUGAAGCAAGAAUAUCCGGUUUAAAUUCAAGAACGCGAACGGCCUUUUGCUCAAAGCAAAUGUUACCAUUCUACCGAGCACAAUUUGAUCUUGUACAAAUAAUUAUUAAUUGAAAUAAUUUAAAUAAAUUGUUGUAGAUAUAAUAAUAAUUGGACAACAAUUUUUUAUUUAUUCGUCGAAGGAUUAAUAUUGUUAAGGAUUCCCUUCGCGAAUCCAAUGAUGGCCAUCGUCGCGCUGCAAUGGUCAAUUUUAAUAACAAAAUAAAAAGAAAAAAAAAGAAAGAGAAAGAGAGAGAUAGAAAGAGAGAAAAAGAGAAAUUGUUUCGAGAGGAAAAUUUUAUAGAAAAAUUUGUUAAAGUUCGGAUUUUUAAAGAGCUAUUCGUUCGUUACUGUUGCAUUGUAUAAUAAUUAUACAAGCUCAGAUUGUGCACGGCCAUCAUAACAUUUAUUAGUGACUAAAACGCGCUGUUGCAUACUCGAGAUGUUCGCUUUGUAAUUUAUUAUAUAAUAAUCGUUAAAGAAAGGGUGAAGACAAAAAAAGAAUAAGCGAGAAGAUUGUCGUGAAAGUUGUUGAUCGAGAGAAAGAGAGAGAGAGAGAGAGAGAGAGAGAGAGAGAGAGAGAGAGAGAGAGAGAGAGAGAGAGAGAGAGAGAGAGAGAGAGAGAGACAGAGAGACAGAGACAGAGAGAAUGAGAGAGAGAUUUAUCGUAACGUAGUUCUUCCUCGAACUGGUGUUAAAAAGUGGUGUUAGAAAAAAGAAAAGAAAAAAAAAAAACAAAAAAAAAAGAAAUUAAAUAUCGACAAUGUGGUGCCGGAUCAAAAUAUGGACAAGAAUGUACAUAAAUAGAUGGCGUCGCUGGCUGUGCUGUGCAAAUUGUUGAAUAGCAAUGUGAUACACACAUACAUACAAUAUAUACAUAUAUAUAUAUAUAUAUAUAUAUGUAUGUAUAUGUAUAAAUACACGAUACACACGUAUAUCGGAUGUACACCGAUACGGGGAUGCGGUAUUAUUAUCUUCUGAGAAAAGAAAAAUUGUAAAAUUGCAAAGGCCGCUAUUGCAAUGGAAACGUAAUUCCACGUUUGUUGGCGCCAUUUGCAACGCACUCGAUUGAUUCGUUAGAGGCAAAGAAUGAAUAAACGAUUGAAAUAUAUAUAAACGUUUUAACUUUGCAAUAAAAAAUCGAUGCGAAUUGAAUUGUGUUCGAAAUGCGUGCUCGAUAUCGAUAUACGUCUAACAAAUCGAACCGGCGAGGAAUCGAUCUCGGCGAGAGCAGCCAACUUCAGUCGAUAGAAAUAAAUACGACUAGGCGCGAUAGCGACUUUUGCAAUGAUGCAAUGAUUUCUUUAUACGUAUACACGCGAGCCGCGAUUAUAUGCGAAUUAUAUUUCGAUCGAAAUAUGACGUGUUUCAAGUCUUCGUUCUUGUGCUCUUUGUUCACGUCGUGUUCGUUUCAUUUUCUAUGCACAUUGUCCAGCUAUGCGAGGAAACGCGUACCGGAUGCCUGUUGUCACAUCUCGAUUCACAAUUUGUGACCACGAUUCGGAAGGGAAAUUUCGAGUUGAACGGAGUUAAGCUUAAAACAGGAAUCGUGUAAAAUGAAAAACGGCACGUGGCGCAAAUGUUUCUUCGGUAAAUUCGCUUUGAGUAAAAUAGAUAGCACACGUGUAAGUGAAACCGCGUUCCAAUUCGAGCGCAGGCCACGCACUUCGAUUUCGAUGUAUCGUUCGUUUCGAUUCGACCAAUUGAAUGCUAUCUCUACCGCGUUUAUCGCGCUGGAAUUGGAACGAAUAAAUCGGAAACGAUCUUUGUGGCGGAACGUGACUGUUAAAGCGGUUCGAUUCUCUUCAUUCGAGAAUCGAGUUCGCGUUUAAUCAGUCGACGUUGAGUGUCGACGAGGAGAACGGUUCAUUAGUCUCAAUUACUAGUUGGAAUGUCUCCCGUGGCGUGAAACAACGUCCGCGAGAGACGCGCUAAGCUUGAGCUCGUAUAGUCGCAAAACAAUCGACUUUCGAUCUAUCGCUGUAAUCACUGCCAUGUCGGCGACGCAGAGUCAGUAAACGAUGGCGAUUCGGUGUAGAGAGACUCUUCGUUGAUUUUUUUUUACGAAGCGUUUAUGCGCGUUUACGGAUUUUAUUGUAUUUUAUUGUUAUUCUUCUGCUUCGCGAUGCAUUUACUUUUAUUCCGAAUUAAAAUAUUACACUUGCGAAUUUCUAGCAAUAAUUUCUUUUUUCUUUUUUUUUUAAAUUAUUCACUUAUUUAAAUAAAGUUGCUACCACCCAAUCACCCAUCACUUUAUUCUUUGAAGCGAAUAAUAUAAUAAAGAGUAAUUAAAUUAAAGUGAGAUCAUUUUAUUAUUUCUCGAGCCGCAUCGCGAGACAGACGAAUUAUCAACGAUAACGUCGCGUUUCUUUAUUGACUGUGUCUCGCAACCGAAUUCUAUCUAAAUUCGCUCGAAACAAUUUUGUGUUUUCAGUCAGGAUAAAAAGGAUUUUUAUUUCUUUGAAUCGACUAAUAAAGCGUUUCGAGCGUUUACAAGAAACCGGUUGAGUCUUUGAAGUUGCUCGAAACGAGCUACUUUUAAGAACUAUCACGGACAUUGUACCGUGGGCAGAGCUCUAGCGCUGGUAUUAAAGAGUUGCUGGCAACUUACAAUUAGAGAAGGGACAAAUCCUUUUUCGAUUGCGUUUUUCGAUUCGUAAAUAUAUUAUGGGAUUGAAGAUACCACUAGGGAGCACUGUCCACAGAAUUUAUUUGUUUCUUGUCCGUAGGAUUACCGAUUUAAAUGAUACGUCAAGCUCGAGUGAUUCAAAAGUAUAAGAAAUGCAUAAUGAAUGAAAAUUUUGUGCAACUGAACGAUUGAUCACGUGACACGUACUUGCGCAGUGCAUAUGCGCAUAUGUACGAGCAGCAAUAUCAAUUUGCCGCGAUAAUUCAAAUGUAGCUUUUCGAUUUUCUUAUAUAUUUUAUUUUCUACGAGACAGCAUUAUUAAAUAAUGCUGAUUUUUGUAUAAAAUCUACGUAAAUCUACGCGUAAGGAUUUCUAAUAUUACGUUUUUCGAAUCAUAAGUGAAAAAUAUCUCUUGUACUGCAUUUCUUAUGCAUAUGAAUAUGCUGGAACUUGAUGUAAUCAUCAAACAGGCAUUAUUACAAUUGUGUUACGAAAUACACAGAAAAAACUUGGGAAAAUGAAAAUGAGACGCAUAUGCAUUUAACAAAAUAAAAAAAAAAAAUGAAUGAAGAAAGCGGUAAGAUAACACGCGUGAUAUGCAUAUGUGUAUCUUGAAAGAGAAAAAAAACAGGAAAGAAUUACAGAUGAUCAUGUUUAUCCUUCACCAACUAUACGCAAUAUAAAAAUUGAGUAUACAGAGCAGAGCAGCGAGAACCAUUUGUCCUAGUCCUAGUAUUCAUCACCAUAAUUUAUAACCAAUUUCAAUUUAAAUCUAAUAAAAAUGAUGUUAUAAUACCAA